CGCCUCACCAGGUACUAAUCUCCCGCGCGUCGCAGAAAGCGGCUGUGACCCAGCGGAAGUAAUUCCUCCGAAUGCCCCGGAACCCACGGGGGCAGGCAGCUGGGGGUGGGGGGGUCGGCCCUGGAGUAGGGGCUGUGGCGGUACUCGGGGACCUGGCUGCGGUGACUGCGGGCCUGACGAAUGGAGAGGAGAAAACCUAUGGUGGCUGUGAAGGCCCUGAUGCCAUGUAUGUCAAAUUGAUAUCUUCUGAUGGUCAUGAAUUUAUUGUAAAAAGAGAACAUGCACUAACAUCAGGAACAAUAAAAGCCAUGUUGAGUGGCCCAGGUCAAUUUGCUGAGAAUGAAACCAAUGAGGUCAAUUUUAGAGAGAUCCCUUCACAUGUGCUAUCAAAAGUAUGCAUGUAUUUUACCUACAAGGUUCGCUACACUAACAGCUCCACCGAGAUUCCUGAAUUCCCAAUUGCACCUGAAAUUGCACUGGAACUGCUGAUGGCUGCGAACUUCCUAGAUUGUUAAAUAAAAUAAAUUAUAAUAAACUGUUAACUUUUUUCAGUAUUUAAUACCUGUAGCUCAGUUAGUAAUUUUUUCAUAUAUAGCAUGUUGCCUGUAUGCAAUUGAACUGUAAAGUUCAUUGCAAAGCAGAUUAUGUGUUUUUUUGCAUAGCAAUCAGAGUUGAAAUUUGUUUGCUACAUCAACAAAUUAAGGACAUUUUCACAAACUGAGAAAUAAACAAAUAUGCCAAUUCGUAGGUGGUUUUGCCUUAUCCUUUGGAUGUGACUUUUAAAAUUAAAGCAGUGAUGAUAUAAAUGCUGAAAUUUAGGCAUAAAUGAACAUGUUUUACAGGUAAAUAAUGGGGCUAAGUAUUUUUGUUCUUAAUGUUUUUUUUAAAAUUUAUUCUGAUCUUAUAGCUGCCAUUAGCAUUACUAGAGUUAUACAAAGAAUUGCAUUAUAAACAUGUUUAUAACUUAGCCAAAACAUUGAUUUUUAUAACUCUCCAGGGAUAAGAGUUGAAAUUUCUUAUGUCUUUUGAUAAACUGCAGUGUUGUUUAAGUGUAUCUUGUCAUUUUGUUUAUUGCUGCAAUUUAAGAACUUUAUUUUAAAAACAAUGUUGGAAGGUUCCUGGGUACAGAUCUUGGAGCAGUAACUGUUUGAACUGUAGCCAGAUGGCCAAAAAGUAAACUACAUGACUUGGAGUUUUUGUGGAUUGUGUAUUUUGGGUAAUUCAAAGUACUGUAUUUUCAUUGACUAUAAAGCUUCCUUUGCAACUUCCAUCCUUCCUUCAUGAUCCCUUGUUGUGAUUACACUUCCUGGUUGCUUAAAUUUGUUUUGAAAGACUCACUAUGAAUUUUAUCCAGAUCUUAAAAGCUAGAAUUUUCUGAACUAUCUCAGUCUUCCUCCAUCCAGUUGGAAUGUUAUGAAAUAACAUAUGGAGAGAUACAGUAAAAAUCUUAUAAUGCACUUAGAUAUAAUACAUGAAUUAUCUUCUAAUUAAAAUAUGUUCCAAUAAGUAUGAUAUUCAUAAUCAGUGGACCUUCUACUGAAGUCAGACUCAUCAGGAAGUCACUCAGCUUUUAUAUUUAAGCAGGCAAAAAAUAUUUGAAAAACAAUACAGAAUCUCUGUUUAGGCAUGGAAAACGAAGCACCGGAGAUGGGUUUAGUAUUGUCUCUAUCUUAGCAGAACAACGUUCUCACUAUAGGGUCUAUACAUUUAAGUCUUCAGCUUAUUCAAGACUGGCUUAAUAUGGACUAGCUUUUCUGGAAACUGCAGAAAUCAUAAGCAAAAGUAAUUUUUUCUCAGAAUAUCUAAACAUUGUGCUUUCCAGCUUAUUGAAAGCAGUUAAAUAUAAAUUGCAUAUUUUUAGUAAUUUCUUAAGAUAUACUGGUACAUAUUUUAGUAUAGAAGGUUAUUUAUCAAGUACAAGAAUUAUAUUCUACCACUUGGUGACAAAUAAUGCCAAGUAUAAACCUAUAUGAUGAUUUCAAAAGCCAAGGUGAUAACUAGAAAGUAAGUUUAACUUUGUCCGAUUUUCAUGGGUUACUUUAUGUGGUUAGAUCCAGAAGUAACCGUAGGUUUAAGACAUUAAAACUGAAACAAAGACUAGGUAAACCUGUAUACCUUGAAGCAAAUGGUACUUGCAUGUUAAUAAAGGCUGUAUUGACUGAAAA